UCAAUUUAUGACAUGUGGUCAGUGUUUUAGAGUGCAGGAAUAUUUUGUUUAUUGUAGCGCUUCACAACUUUUGUAAUAUUGUGAGGGUUUCAGAUUAAAACCCUUUUUAUGCUCUUGUACAAGUGGUAAUAAUAAUUGACCUCAGUAUUUAAGGGAACUCAUUAAGCACGCAUCAUGACACAACGGAGCAGUGUGCAGGUCUCCAGAGCGUGUGGGGCAGUUUGGGAGCAUUGGGUAAAAGCACAUGUUUGGGUGCUUUGCUUAAGUGCAUUUGUACUGAGUUGAGCCAUGUAUCUCAUAUCCCUAAUCAAACCUGUGGCCCUUCGAUCUCAAGCCAAAUUCUUAACCACUGUACACACCAGUCUCCGUAUAAUUAUAAACAAUACAUGUUUCAUAUAAUCUACUUUGUGCUUCAGCAAUUUAAACCCAAACACAAAUGUGUAAACUAUUUGUAUCGUAUGUCAUGAUGAUAACAUGUGUCAAAGUUGUGUUAUGGUGGCGCUGUUUUGUUAUUGAAAUACCAGCCCAUUCACACCGUCACAACAGAACAUCGUCAUUGGGCGGAUCUUAAAUCCACUGGAUCUUCCGGCAGUGCUGAAAUGCGCCUCCGUGAAUGUGGUCAGUCAUUUUGCCGACAGGGUGUUCUCUGGAAUUAAAUCGCUUAGAAGCUUUUGUACUAUUUUUUCGUCGAAAUUUGACGAAACGGAACACGCGUCUUGGACCUUUAUUGAGGUGCAGUGCGCGCGCAAAAGACAAUGAGGUCCAUUGUGUUAAAACCGCCAUUUCAAAGGUACGUGCUGCUCGUCAUUGUUAUUUUUUUCUGCUCUGUUCAUCAAAUAUUAGCCUCCGUGACUCAUUAUUCUAUACCCGAGGAAAUGAAAGAGGGAUCAGUAGUUGCAAAUCUUGCUACCGAUCUCGGACUGGAUGUUAAAACACUCAACCAGAGGAAAAUGCGUCUGGACAUUAUUGCAAAUAAGAAAUAUCUGGACGUGAACAAAGACACGGGAGAGCUCUAUAUUGUUGAGAAGAUUGACAGAGAACAUAUUUGCCCCACUAAAUCAUCCGCAUCUUGCUAUCUCAGACUGGAAGUGAUUCUUGAAAAUCCUGUGCGCAUUUUUAACAUCGAGGUGGAAAUAAUGGAUAUGAACGACAACGCCCCUCAAUUUAGGAGAGACGCCAUUCAUUUGGAUAUAUCUGAAUCGACACCGCAAGGGGAGAGAUUCUCUCUCAGCAAUGCAGUGGAUCCUGAUGUUGGCAGCAAUACUGUUAAAACAUAUCAUCUGAGUGAAAGUGAGCAUUUUAACAUCGAAGUUCAGACUGGAAGAGAGGGAACAAAAUUUGCAGAUUUGAUAUUAAAGAAGAGUUUAGACAGAGAGAAGCAGGCUGUGCACAAUUUAAUAUUAACAGCAGUAGAUGGCGGUAAACCUCCACGUUCUGGUACUGCCAAAAUGAUUGUUCAGGUUUUAGACACUAAUGACAACGCCCCUUUGUUUGAUGAAUCUAUUUACAGUGUUAAAAUCAUGGAGAAUUCUCCAAUUGGAAGCCUUGUUAUUGAUUUAAAUGCUACUGACUUAGAUGAAGGCUCCAAUUCUGAUUUAACGUAUUCAUAUAGUUUAUAUACACCAGAGAAAACACAAGAAACUUUUAAUCUGAAUCCUUCUACAGGCGAAAUUACUGUUAAAGGAAUGUUAAACUAUGAAGAUUUUAGGAUUUAUGAUAUGGAAGUUAUAGCAGCAGACAAAGGAGUCAACCCUCUAUCAGGACAAUGUACAAUUAAAAUUCAAAUUGAGGACAUGAAUGACAAUCAUCCAGAAAUAUCUAUUAAAUCUUUCCAAAGUCCAGUCAGUGAGAAUAUUGAUGUAGACACAGUGAUAGCAGUGGUCAGUGUGAGUGAUAAGGACUCAGGUGACAAUGGGGUGGUGGAUCUUCACAUUCCUCAUAAUAUGCCUUUUAAACUGAAAGAGUCCUCUGAUAACUAUUAUAAGUUAGUGGUCUCAGAGCCAUUAGACCGUGAGAAGGUUCCAGAAUAUGACAUCACCUUCACUGUGACAGACAGAGGCUCCCCUCCUUUAAGUGACAAUGAAACAAUGACUUUACAUCUGCUGGAUGUGAAUGACAAUGUUCCACACUUCCCUCAGUCCUUUUAUACCAUACGUGUGAUGGAGAAUAACGCUCCUGGCGCCUUGCUCAGUUCACUCAGUGCGUUUGACCCUGACCUCCAUGAGAACCAGUACCUAGUUUACUUCAUCCUAGAGAAGGAAAUAGCCAACACCUCCAUGUCCAUGCUGUUCUCCAUCAAUCCAGAAAACGGGAAUCUUUAUGCACUAAAAACGUUUGACUAUGAGAUGGAGAAGGACUUUCUUUUCCACAUUGAGGCCAGAGACUCUGGUUCUCCUCCACUCAGCAGCAACGUGACCGUCCACAUCAUCAUCGUUGACCAGAACGACAACGCUCCAGUUAUUGUCUCUCCUUGGCGAGCGCAUGGCUCUGUGGUGGAGGAGAAAAUCCCAAGAUCCACGGAUAAAGGCUCUCUGGUUGCCAAGGUGAUAGCCUUGGAUGUGGACUCAGUGCACAACUCUCGCAUCACCUACCAGUUCCUGCAGGUGACCGACGCCACCUUGUUCAGUCUGGACCAGUACAACGGAGAGAUCCGCACUAUGAGGAUGUUCAGUUACAAAGAUCCACGUCAUCAGAGACUCGUUGUUGUUGCCAAGGACAACGGUGAGCCUGCUCUCUCUGCUACAGUCACCAUCAAGCUGUCCACGGUGGAGACUGCUGUGAAGACCUACUCAGACAUGACUGAGGUGCCUCUGGAAUAUGACAUCUUCUCAGACCUCAACCUGUAUUUGGUCAUCGGCCUGGGCUCAGUGUCCUUCCUGCUGCUCAUCACCAUCUUGGUCACCAUCGUGCUCAAGUGUCAGAAAGCCAAGCCCAGCAUAGCAGCUCCCCCCAGCAGGAACAGUGUGAUCAGUGAGAGGAACUCCACCAUUGCUGAUUCCACUCUGGUGUCCAACGAUGCCUACUGGUACAGUCUGUUUCUAGCAGAGACCAGGAAAGGAAAACUGGUGGUCAGACAGCCUCUGCCAAAGGGCUCCAGAUACAUCGUGUCCAGUAUUCCCAGGAGCACAGGCAUGUCUGAGACUAGUGGCUCUGCUACUUCUACCUUGCAGUACCCUAAAUGAGGGAAGUCCACUCUGCAGCAUGGAGGCAUCCACAACCAGCAGCACCAGAUCGACAUAAGGCAGGAACUCCUUGCUGCAUAUCGGACCAAUCCUGAUGGGUGAGCGACAGAGGAAAAAGAGAUGACCUUGCGUUGACAUCGCUCCCAUGGCCUUCAUGCUCCGCCUGGUUCUUCACACUCGAGAUCCUGAAUGCAAUGGCUGAUGAUAUAAACGCCGACCCACUACCCUCUCUUCUUUCUUUAAGCACAUGAAAAGCCAAUCAAAGCCUUUCUAAUAAUCUCUUCAUUGUGCAUGAUAUGACUGCAUGGCUUCAACCACACUCUAAGAGCGUCAUCCCCGCCCGAAAAAUGUUAAGGAGAUGUUACUUGCCAAGAAAUAGACUGUGCCGUGUGGAUUGUGAAAAAAGCCAAAUGAAUAAGGGGACUAUUUGAGUGGACAAUGGAAUGUUGAAUUGCCUACAAGAGACUGUUUUCCCUCUUAAAAAGGAACACCCAUUAUGUGUAGUUUACAAUUGUAUGAACUUUUGUGCUUUGUGUUGCCCAUUAUCCACAUGAGUGACAUUUGAAAUGGCACAAUUUACAAAAAAAUAAGCACCAGUGCGAUUUUUCUUAAAUCCAAGUUUUGUAAAAAGUGACUUUAGGUUUUGUAAAUGACAUUGUGCUUUAUAUGUACGCAAGGCCCACAAAGAUGAACAAGUGUGCAGAGUGAUUCAACAAACUCAACAGGUCUGUUCACAUGAAUUAAGUAGGAUUCAGUACAAAAAUAAUGCACUGCAAUUAGCAGACAAGUGUGUUGAAAAAUCUUGCCCUGACUAUUACCUGACUAUUACCUAUUUUGCCACUAUUACUCUGGCAAAAUAGUGUUGCACAUGCAACUGAGGCCACUACAAUUGUCAAGCAAUGCUUAAACUUUUGUAUACAAAAUUAUCUCCCAUAAACAAGUAACUCAAACACAGAAAAAGGGGGCCUUUUGUCAACAUGUAGCUAUUUUUCACUUGUUUUGCAUGCCAUAACCAUAGUAAGAGUUUUAGUUAUUGUGUGAUAAAAUUCAUUUUCUGUAUUGCAUCACAUGUAUUCUCUCAGAGCAAGAUACAAGAGGGACCAACAGUAUAAGAACUGCAUUGCAUUGUUUUCUCCUAAAGAACAGGUGGCUGUUGUGACGUGUAUGCAUUCAAAAAAAGCAGUCACCAUAAUGAGUGCGUUUGAAUGUUAAGGACUAAAGUAAACCGAAGUGUGUAGAUAUGACAAAGUACAGGUGUAUCUAACAUAUUGAUUACUUUUAUCUAAGAAGCCAAACUCUGGAUGUUCCUUCAUAUCAACCUUGUCUGAUGUUGUACAACUCAAAGCUAAUAGCAUACAGUUAUGUACUAAAUGUUUACAGUACUGGAAUAGUGUGCACUUUUCAUCUAUUGGAAGCUGUGCUCAGGUGUAUUACUGACUCCUGUACCUGCAAUGCAACACAGAAAUACAUGGUGGCAGAACUGGAUGUAGUCUUCAUAAUGAUUUUCAUAUUACAUUUUUUGUUAAAAUACAUCAAGGUGUGUUUUCACAUCAUACUGAGUAUAAAGGUAUAGAUUCAAUACGCAAAGCAAAACAGCCACUGAUUUCAGUAUAUUCUGACACAAUGCCUUUGAGUGGAAGCAGUUUAAUGUUGUUUCAAUUGUGUUGUCAUAACUUGAACUACAUCAAAAACUGUGUCUGACCUUUUCAGUGCCACUGAACUGCUGUGCCAUCACACAAACUAAAUCGCUUUAACUUACACAGUAUGUACAGCAUAUAAAGUAUUAUAUAGUAUGUUGAUACCAUGCAAGCGCACAGCUGAAAUUGCAUCAGAGAACAUGUUUAAAGUUGUAAUGUUUUCCAGGCAAGUAUGCAUACAAUAAGUCCAUUUGUACAGUGGUGUUUUGACAGUGAAUCGUAUUCUAAAAUUGUGUGUGUGUAAUGUGAGUUUAUUGUAUGACCGAUUGAAUAAAAAACAUAUUGGGAACAAAA